GACCCCGCCCGGGACCUCGCAACGCCCAGGCCGGGUUUACUCAUCUCUGCGAGGUGAUCCCAGGCGCGAGGGCGGGCACAAGGCGUCCGGAGAACCCAGUAAUCCGAGAAUGCAACCUCAGCCCUUCCCACCAGGCACUUCCUUCCUUUUCCCGAACGCCCAGGGAGGGAGGGCCGCGCACUUAUAAACUCGGGCCAGGGCCUGCCGGCCUGUCAGAGGCUGCCUAGCUAAAGCUGCCCGCCGCUGCCGGACGCCUCCGGGCUGGGACUGACGCCCCGCGCCUCUCAGCCUUUGCCUGGUCCCAGUCCCGUCGCGGUUCCGGCGCUCUCCCUGGCUCCUGCACGCGUCGUGCCUGGAAUCAUGCUACGGGUCCUGCUCCUUGGAGUGCUGGCCCCAGCCGGCCUGGGGCUGCCGGCAUCCCCGGAGCCGCAGCUGCGCGGCAGCCAGUGCGUCGAGCACGACUGCUUCGCGCUCUUCCUGGGCCCCGCGACCUUCCUGGCCUCCAGCCAGACCUGCGAGAGCCUGCAGGGCCACCUGAUGACCGUGCGCUCUUCGGUGGCAGCUGAUGUCAUCUCCCUGUUACUGAGUGGCGACGGCAGCUAUGGCCAGCGCCUCUGGAUCGGCUUGCAGCUGCCACCUGGCUGCGUCGACCCGGGGAACCGCGGGCCCUUACGCGGUUUCCAGUGGGUCACGGGAGACAAUCGCACCAGCUACAGCAGGUGGGCGCGGCUCCACGCCGACCCGGCGCCUCUGUGCGGUCCGCUGUGCGUCGCAGUCUCGCCAGCCGGGGCCCCUGCACCCGGCGAGCCGGUCUGGGAAGAGCAGCAGUGCGCCGCGGAGGCCGACGGUUUCCUCUGCGAGUUCCAGUUCGCCGCCUCCUGCAAGCCCCUGGCCGUGGAGACCGGCGUCGCGGCGGCCGCCAGUGUCCCGGUCAUUUACGGCACCCCGUUCGGGGCCCACGGCGCGGACUUCCAGACGCUGCCGGUGGGUAGCUCCGCCGCCGUGGUGCCCCUCGGGGUGGAACUGGAGUGCGCGGCGCCGCCGGGAGAGUCCGAGGGGCGCUGGGUCCGUGAGGCGCCGGGCGCCUGGGACUGCCGCGUGGAGAAGGGCGGCUGCCAGCACGCGUGCAACGGGAGCGCCGGGGCGUCGCGCUGUCUCUGCCCUGCGGACGCCGCCCUGCAGGCGGACUCGCGCUCCUGCGUGGCGCCCGAGGAACACUCGUGCCACCAGGCCUGCGAGCAUUUCUGCGUGGGUGACCCAGGGGUGCCAGACGCCUACUCGUGCAUGUGCGAGACCGGAUAUCAGCUGGCUUCGGACAAGCACAGAUGUGAGGACGUGGAUGACUGCUUGCUGGUACCCAGUCCGUGCCCGCAGCACUGUGCCAACACCCAGGGUGGCUUCGAGUGCCACUGUUACCCUGGCUACGAGUUGGUGGACGGCGAGUGCGUGGAGCCCUUGGACCCAUGCUUCGGGACUAACUGCGAGUACCAGUGCCAGCCCCUGGGACACACGGACUACCGCUGCAUCUGCGCAGAGGGCUUCGCGCCCAAAUUGCAGGAGCCACAUCGGUGCCAGAUGUUCUGCAACCAGACUGCGUGCCCAGCAGACUGCGACCCCCAUGACCAGGCUUCCUGUCAGUGCCCCGAGGGCUAUAUCCUGGACGAGGGCUUCAUGUGCACGGACAUCGACGAGUGUGACAAUGGCUACUGCCCCCAUGGGUACACAUGCCGCAACCUCCCCGGCAGCUACGAGUGCAUCUGCGGGCCCGACUCCACUCUCGCAGGCCAGGCUGGCACUGACUGUGAUCCCCUCCAGGUGGACAGACACGACGACGGCGGCUCUGGGGAGCCCCCUGUCAGCCCGAUCCCCGGCGCCACCUCGACCCCCUCGGCAGUAGGGCCCGUGCAUUCGGGUGUGCUCAUUGGCAUCUCCAUCGCGAGCCUGUCUCUGGUGGUGGCGCUUUUGGCGCUCCUCUGCCACCUGCGCAAGAAACAAGGUACUGCACGGGAAGAGCUGGACUACAAGUGUGGGUCCCCCGCCAAGGAGGUGGUGCUGCACCACGUGCGAACCGAGCGUAUGCUUCAGAGACUCUGAGCCAACUCCUCAGGCUGGCAUAGACCUGGCCUUUCCCUCCCCGCUGAGCCUCACCCCUCUCUGUUCACCCACUCGUACUCCCUGGCUACCCAGAGCAGUUUAGCUGGACAAGACCCUCCCCGGACGCCCACCUGCUCCUUUCCCUGAUUCCACGCAGGCUGGCGGGAUGGAAGGGUGUGUGCCCCAGUCACUUCCAAGACGUCGUCCCAUAACGGCUGGUGACUGCGACAUUGUGAUGAAGACAUAGAUGCAAAGUGACCCUGCCCUCAUCAAGGGGUGCAGGAGGGGCAAGCAUUACUGGCUGGUAGCCUUUGGGGCAGACUGUGCUCCCCUGGGCCAGUCAGUGUAAUUUAGUUGUGGAUAAUGACCAAGAUAUUUAUUUUUUAAAUAUAGGACUUUUUCUCCCUUCUGCUUUUUUCCUAUGUGUAUGUCUCAAUACCUUCUACCCUCCCUCACUUACUCUGCUACCUCUCUCUCUCCUUCCCUAUCUAUUGUAUUUAUUGCUCCCACUGAUCAUGUAGCAGUUAAACUGUCUGUCUUUGUGAUUUUUUCCCCCAGCACUCUGGCAUUUAUGAAGUCAAGCCUCAUUUCCAGCCCCCUGAUUUCUCCCAAAUUUUCCCCUCUUAGGAAUUCAGCCCUCCCACUGAGUCACCCUAUGUGUGUCGGACUCUACUUCUGCUCUUCACCAUCUGCACAGGCAGAACGCCUAUGUGAGACAGAAACAAAAACACUAUGAGCAAAAGUGGUUGGGGAUUUGCUCUUUCACAGACUUGUUAAUUUAUCCUGGAAUUCCAGACUUCCAGAGCAAUGUAAUUUUAACAAAGGUUAAUAUGUAAGAGAAUUUGUUAAACUAAUGUUGCUGGACUGUCAUUGAAAUUCAACCCAAGGGGUUUUUAUUUUUAUUUUAUAAACAGUGAGCCUGGGUUUUAUUGUUGUUUUGAUUUGGAUUGAAAAGUAGUAAUUGUUGUUAAGAUUCUUGUGUAGUUUCCUUUUCCAUUAUUAUUAAUUAAUAAUGAUAAUUGUUAUUAUUACUAAUUUUUGACAGUGUCAAAAAUGUUCACAUGAUUGUUCUAGAUUGAGAGAAGGAAACAUCUCCCAAGAGGCAAUUCAAGAAAAUUUUAAUUGUGUAAUUCAUGUCAAUUACCAUUUUGACUCCGACUGUUCUUUGUAGGCUAAAAUGAAACCAGUGCUAUUGGAUUUUUGGGAUUUGGGAGCUUGGGGAUAGAGCCUGGAGGACACCCAGUUAGGGCCUCAUCUUGAUCAGGCUCUCAAGAAUUUCCCUCACUUUGGAGGGAGCUUCUAACCCUGGUCACUUAGAACAUGGUCCCUGAACAAGAAGCAGGAGCCACCCUUACAGCUGGUUAGAAAUGCAGAAACUCAGGCUCCCCUCCACCUACUGCAUGAGGAUCUCUGUAUUUUAACGUCUGUAGGGGAGUUGUCUGCUCAGUAUAGUUUGAUGAGAACUGUUCUGCACAGCUUCCAUCUUUCUAGAAUACGUUAAAUAUGGCUCAGUCGUAAGCAGCAGGCCAAGUCGGUCCCUAUGUUCUCAAGAAACUGAGGAAUUUUCAUUUUAUAGCUUUGCUUUCUGGCAGAAGAGACUCGGCACCCACCUUUAGAUGUUGCUGCACAGGGUCUGUGGUUUAACUAAGCUAGGAAUGGAAUCAUAUUUCAGUGUAUGGGGAAAGUGUAGCGUGUAAGUGUAUCUUUUGCCACACCAAGGAUUUCCUCUUCUAUUUGUAAACUCAGCACAUUUGUACAUAUUUAUUUAUUGGAGUAAACUAGAACAGGGGCAAAACUCUUGCUUAUGACAUCACAUGUAGGAAAUAAACAAAUACUGAGUGUU